UCAUUCAUACAUCAUACAUGCGUAUCAUGAUGUCAUGAGUACAUACAUGUACUAUACUCUACACUGAUUGUGUGUACAGAUAUGUACACGAAAAGUACAUGAUUGCAAGUUUUUAGAAACCAGUUAAAUCGUUGUACCCUAUUCCCCACCCCAUGUUCCGUUUGAUGGAUUGUAAUCCUGCUGUGUUGUGUCGAUCGACGUAUGAUACAGCACAGCUGUACACCUGACCUACAUCAGUACAUGAACAGUCAAUACGUCACUUUGUUGGAACCGGUCCCAGUUAUGUCAUUAUGAUGAUGGUACGGUUUGCGCGCAACUGACGUGACCUCCAAUGCACACCUCAUUCAAAGAAAACACUGCGUUGGGCUUAACUGUGGCAUUUCCUAGUGUUAGAAGAUGACACUACAUGUACCAGUAACUAAAGACCUGUGAUAUGAACGGAUAGCAAAGCCUUCUAAUACUAGUAAUAGUCGGUUUCUCUUCAUCUAUCAUAGUCAUUCAACAACUGGUGUCUGUAGUAAAAAGAGUGAUUCCACAAAACUUGUCAGGAUGUUUCCAUUUUUGUUUGUGGCGGUUUGGAAAAUUGUUCACGGUGUGAAGCAGGAGGAGAGAGAGAAAAUGAAGGAACGCAAGAAAAUUGAGAGAGAAGGCCGCAAUGGGGCUCAGACCAAUGGAACGGUUGAAAACACACCAAAACCAGUGACCCCGAAGAAGAAAAAGCGUCCAUCAACCCCACAACACAAAGCAUGGGGUGUUUUCACUUUCUCGAUCAUUGGACUUGGUGUUGCAAUUCUGGCAAUUGGGACAAAGUAUAUCAUCGAAUAUGCCUUUCAUACGUAUCGGAGUGCCGAUCGCUUGACGUGGCAUCCGUAUUCCGUUAAUUAUACUGAACUUUAUCAGAUACGAGAGGAGAAUAUGAAAAAGUACGACUUCCCUUACAACAGGAAUGGUGUGGAUAAACGACAGAAGCUGUCACUGACUGAGUUUCAUGAUGUCUAUGAUGGAAAAUGGCCUGUUGUGGUGACAGACGUCGUGCCCAAAUGGGCCGCUUUUCAUUGGAGCAAAGAAUUUUUUACGAAGUAUUAUGGAAAGGACAGGACUACGAUGAAAGCUGUAUCAGGUGAUUUGGCACGAGCAGAGGGCCUUGCCCUCCCGCUAGAACUAUUUGCCCAGCAUUCACAUGAAGGAAAACCUCAUACUUGGACCUACAUACAAGAUGAACUGUUCAUUCCCACUCGGCCACAUCUUAAGAAGGAUAUUGGAGAAGCUGUCUAUCUAAUGCAAGACUACUAUGAAGAGUUUCCUGAGCCAAUUCGUCCGUGGAAUGCCAUGCUGCUGUGGGGUACAGCCUACUCUAGAUCUGCCUUGCAUAUUGACCCAUACAACUGGACAGGGACCAAUGCUGUGUUAAAGGGGAUAAAAAGAUGGAAGCUGUAUCCACCUGUACAGGAUGAACACAUGUACCUUUAUGAAAAUAGGCUGUCCAACUUUCCAUUGGAUUGUUUCAAAUACAACAGUCCGGUUGAUGCAUUUGAUCCAGAAUCUGUUGCCAAAUAUCCAAAGUUUAAAAAUACCAAGGCAAUCAUGUUCGACCAGCAUCCCGGGGAGCUGUUGAUUAUUCCAACUGGAUGGUUUCACCAGGCAUACAAUGUCGAAGAGACCAUAGCCAUAUCAAGUCAAGUGAUGAAUGAUAAUAACUACAAGAUAAUCCUUGAAGAGAUCUUCAAGGCUGGCAACUUACCACGGAAGAGCCUUCCACCCAAUUUCUACAGUCUUUCCCCAUUGCAUCAGGUUCGAGUAGUGAUGCAGCAGAUUCCGAGGAAAAUCCUGGACCAUGGACGAGACGUCACCAGGAAAAUCCUCAAGGAGAUAAACAAAGUCAAUAGCAAGAACAAGUAGAUUUGUCAUUGAAAAGUUUCCAUUUAGCCUUGCCAGACUAAAGGCCAUUUGUAAAUGUUUUGUUCCAAUCCUGUUGUUUGGGGCUCUGGAGUGCAAACUACUAGUUGGCUUUCAGAGGUAAGAUUGAUGAAAACCAAAUUUGAAAGAAAACCAAGGCCUGAACGAUUCAGACAAAACAUUUACAACAAUUUUUGUUGCAUGCGAUGUCAGAGGAGGUAGAUAGUGCUCGUCUGCUUUGCACUUCAGUUCUGUUUUCCUUUCUUAAAUGUGGAAUCUCAUUGCCUGUUAGAAUCUCCAUGCUCUUUAUAUUAUUUUCAUGGAAACUUAUGCAUCUAGAUUUAAGUUUCACCAAUACAUGUAGGUGUCUCAACAACUUUGCAGUAAAUUGGCGCUAUUAGCAUUUGAUAUUCAAAUUCUAGUCUCUCAGUCAGACCAGACUGAUAGCUCCCUGUCGGCAUUUUAAUCUAUAUCAUUUUGUGCAAUUACUAAGAAAUUGAAAAACUAUUUACCCAUGUUGAGUGUGUCAAGGAUUAUGCUUUUAUUUGUAAGAAUCGAGUGCGAGAAUUUGUUGCAAAAUCAAAGAACUGCUCCUCUACAGCACCUGUAUCUGUGAUGUCAUUAGUAAAUGUAUAUCAACCCUGCUGAUAAUCUGUAAGGUCUUUUUCUUUGUGGUCCAUGAUUGUCUAUUUCCAGUUCUGGCACAUACUUGAUAAAGGAGGUAUGACCUGUUUAUUGAGUACACAAUGUAUGUCUCUGCACAACCUUUGUAGUAAAGGACUACUGUAUUAGUUCAUAAUGAUUUGUUAAUUUUAGUCCCUUUAAGUUUACUGCAAAGUUUAGCGCCAUUCUCACUGUGCAAUGUAUGUAUGGCCAUUUUUAGCUUGUUUGCCAUUCCAAAUAUCAGAUAUCUGCUUGUUAAUGUUGUUAUGGAUAUAUAUCUUUACACAAUAAACUGGGUUUCAGGUCAAUUUAUUAUGGCAUUAAUUCUUUAUGGAGAACUAUCAGAAACUGUGCAAAUAUUACAGUCAAGCAUUCUCUUAAUUGCUCUUGGAAAGAUGUCUCCUGCAUGCCUGGUUUCAUUAGAUUACCAUGUACGUACACAGACAAGUUUGGGAAAGGUUUGGACCACACUCCGUGCAUGUGUGCAAUACAUGUACAAGAAGACAAGUUUGGUUAAGACCACACUCCAUGCGUGCAUGGAGUGUUAUAUUCAAUGACAUUAGUACAUCUGUUGGUUGAGUGUGUCCUGAGCAAUACAAGGAUUUAAAUUUUGAUCAGUCUAUCAUGCUCGGGUACACAAUGGAGACGGAUGGAAGAAGCAGUUGCCUCCAUUCGUCAUAAUUUAAUGGAGUUUGGUACUUUGUGAUGUCCAGUCACACAUGCGAUGUUUGAAGGGCACUCUUCUUCUUCCAUGUUAGCCUACGCCCGCAAUGCAUUUGCUGUAGACUAAGUGGCUCCGGCUGUCUUUCUCAAACUUGUCUAUUUGUAGGCUGUCUGCAGUUGGCGUGGCAUUGUGAUGUUACCUCCGAUUUCAUUGAUACACAAAACAAAAAGCUAAUUCAUUCAUAAUAUCAUUUAUUGUUCUUUAACA